AUACAAUUUACAUACCAAAAUACUAAUAAAAACAAGUGAUUGGUUAACAUGGAGAACACUGGAAGCAAGAGAUUAGCAGUUUUAGUAGGGUUCAACUAUGCAAACACACCCAAUGAGUUACAUGGUUGCAUAAAUGAUGUGUUAGCCAUGAGACAAGUGCUUAUUGAUCGAUUCGGGUUCGAGCCAAGCAACAUACAACUCCUAACAGAUGCACCUGGCUCGCUGAUCAUGCCAACUGGUGCAAAGAUAAAGGAGGUACUUCACCAUAUGGUUGAUGUGGCUGAGCCCGGUGAUAUCCUUUAUUUUCAUUAUAGCGGUCAUGGCACACGAAUUCCUUCAAACAAACACGUGCACCCUUUUCAUCAAGACGAAGCCAUUGUCCCGUGUGAUUAUAAUCUCAUUACAGAUGUCGAUUUCCGGAAUCUAGUAAAUCGAGUGCCAAAAGGAGCAAGUUUCACCAUUCUUUCCGAUUCUUGCCACAGUGGCGGAUUAAUCGACAAAGAAAAGGAACAAAUCGGGCCUUCCUCACUACCACCAAAUCCCAGUCCAACCACCAGCACAAUCAAACCUAAAACCAUCUCUUUAGACUCGAUUCUCCACCAUCUCUCACCAAGGACACACAUAAACACAUCUGAUAUCAGCACACACUUGCUCAACCUCUUUGGACCCGAUGCAAGUCUCGGGUUCUCUUUGCCAUCACGCGAGCUUGACUCGAUACCAUUAAUACAUGAAGAUGAUGGGAUCCUGUUAAGUGGGUGUCAAGCAAAUGAGACUUCUGCAGAUAUGAAUCCUCAUGAACCUGGAGGGAAAGCUUAUGGUGCUUUCAGUAAUGCAGUCCAGAUUGUUUUGCAAGAAAACCCUGAUGAUUUGAGUAACAAAGAGGUUGUUUUGAUGGCCAGAGAUGUGUUGCACAAGCAAGGAUUUCAGCAACACCCUUGUCUUUACAGCAGUGAUGAUCAUGCAAACUCAAUGUUCUUGAAACAGAUUUGAUUUGUUUUUCAUCAGUUGAAGUUUAUGUUUUAUGGGUUGUGUUGAUUGGAAUAAGUGACUGAAAUUUAAGAUUGUGGAAUAUUUAGAAAUGAUUAUUUGAUUCA